GUGACAUCUACUUAAUAAUCUGUGGUGACAACCAUUUUGAUUUUUGAAAUUUGAAGUAUCAUUGUUGUCGUUCCUGUUUUGCAUUUUGUUAAUUAUUGUUAAAACUAUACAAUGGGUGCAACAGUGAUCGAAAAUGAAGCUCAUUUCCAAUCGGAAAUGGCUAAUGCCGGCACAAAGUUAGUUGUUGUCGACUUUACAGCGACAUGGUGUCCACCGUGCCAGCGUAUUUCGCCGUUCUUUGAGCAACUACCGGCAAAGUUUCCUCGUGCUGUGUUCCUCAAAGUCGACGUAGAUAGGUGCGCCGAAACAGCCAGUGCUCAAGGAAUAAGUGCUAUGCCCACAUUCAUAUUUUUCAGAAAUAGAACAAGGAUUGACCGGCUACAAGGUGCAGACACUGCAUCCCUAGAGAACAAAGUGCGACAGUAUUAUGGUACUGAAGACUCUGGAGAUGACGACAACUCUGUUGCUGGCCAUAUGGAUCUAACGACAUUCAUCACUAAGAGUGAAUGUGAAUGUCUGAAUGAGGCAGAUGAUCAUCCUCUAGCACAAGCAUUGACCAGCGGAGGAGGCUACCUCGCCAGCGAUUGUGAUGAGCAGCUCAUCAUAAAUUUAUCCUUCAAUCAGCUGGUAAAAAUACACUCUGUGAAAAUCAAGGCUCCUCUUGACAAGGGGCCCAAGUUUGUGAAGCUCUUCAUCAACCAACCAAGAACUCUGGAUUUUGAUCAGGCAUCAGGAAAUGCAUCUAUUCAAGAUUUGGAAUUGACUCCAAGUGACUUGGAAGGGAAUCCUGUUCCCCUGAAGUUUGUCAAAUUCCAGAGUGUUCAAAACAUUCAAUUGUUCAUAAAAGAUAAUCAAUCAGGUGGCGAAGUGACACAAAUCGACCACCUUGUGCUGUACGGCUCACCCAUCUCCACCACAAACAUGGGUGAAUUUAAACGGGUAGCAGGGAAAAGGGGUGAAAGUCACUAGCCCAGACUUUUGCAGUGUUGUCAUUAGUUCCAUUGGAUUCAAAGUGAAAGUGCUAUUUUAUUUGAACAUUGAUUUUUAUAUACAGUGCAACAUGAAAGAGUAGAAGUCAAUAAAAAUAGAACUAAUAAACUCGCUGUGUGGCAACACAUUUACUGUAUUUAUAACAAAGAUCUGUCAUUAUAGAGCAACCAAUUAUUAUUGAUAGUUUUAUCAGAUUAUUUGAACCAUAGUGGAAAUUCCCAUAAUUACCAGAUGAAGAUCAUAAUAUUAUUAUUUUCAACAGAUCAUAAUAUUUAAAAUGAGAACAUAAUUUUAUCUACAUAUAGUUAACAUAUCAAUCACUAUCAAGUAUCAAAGUAGUUGCAAUCCCAAGUGGUGUCAUCCACUAAUACAGGGUUACCCUCUAUGAGUGACAAUAAGUGACUACAGCAUCCUUAUUAUUUUCUACUCUUUUGUGGCACACUAUAGCUUGACUUUUGUUAUAAAAUCUAAACAUGGAAAUAUUGAUUUAAUUUGUAGAUUAUAACAUUUUCUUUAAUCACAACUUCCACUAUCCAAAGAACUAUGACAGCAUGUUGCAAAACAAAGUGAAAGACUACUACAUGUGUGGUAGGUUAAUAUUUAAGGCUAAGUGAUCUAUGUCAUAAUAUGUGUUUAGAAUAAUUUAUGUACAACAUAAUAUAUGUUAAUCUGUAUUAACUGUAAUAUAUAACAAAAUAUUCAAUGUCAUAAAGUGAAGUUAAUAUAUUAUUUUCCUACAUUUCAAAUUUACGACAAUUAUUCAUUGAAAAUGUACUGGGUGUUAGAGAAAUUUUUAUUAAUAUUAAUAGGGAGAUCCCUUUGAAAAUUUGUAUGUUGUGAAUUAAAACAUAUAAUGUGUA